ACAAGGUUCUCUGCCCUCAACAUGGCGACAUUGCGACAGAUUCCGCUGAGUUGCAGUGGACACACGAGGCCAGUUGUUCAUGUAGAUUUCAGUGGAAUCACGCCUGAUGGAUAUUUCCUCAUCAGUGCUUGCAAAGAUGGCAAGCCGAUGCUUCGUCAAGGCGAGACCGGUGAUUGGGUGGGGACAUUUGAUGGUCACAAGGGAGCCGUCUGGGGGGCUACACUGAACGUUGAAGCCAGCAGAGCAGCCACAGGGGCGGCUGAUUUCACUGCUAAGGUAUGGGAUCCCAUCAGUGGUGAUGAGCUGCACAGCUUUACACACAGACACAUUGUCAAGGCAGUUCACUUCUCAAAGGACAGCGGCAGGCUGCUGACAGGAAGUAACGAGAAGAAACUAAGGAUCUUUGACCUUGCCAAGUUAGAGGCGGAGCCUAUGGAGAUCCCCGCCCACUCAUCUAACAUCCGCUGUGCGAUGUGGUUCAGCGACGACAAGAAACUCAUCAGUGCAUCAGACGAUAAGACAAUUAGUAUUUGGGACGUGGCAAGUGGAACUGAAAUCAAGAAGAUAACUCUCGACACAGGAACCAUCAGCUUGGAUUUAUCCAAGGGAGGAGAUGUCUGUGUGGUCUCCCAUGGCAGGAAAAUCAGCUUCUACGAAACAGAAAGCUUUGAGCUGAUCAAGACCUUUGAAGCUCCUUGCACCAUCAACUCCGCAUCUCUCCACCCAGACAAGGGCUGCUUCGUGGCGGGAGGGGAGGAUCUCAAGAUCUAUAAAUUUGACUACGAAGACGGGAAAGAAUUGGAGUCCUAUAAAGGCCAUUUUGGUCCCGUCCACUGUGUCCGUUUCUCCCCCGACGGUGAGCUGUACGCCAGCGGCUCUGAAGACGGAACUCUACGUCUCUGGCAGACGACGCUCGGCAAGAGCUACGGACUCUGGAAGUGCAUCGAACCAGACGAGGGCGGGCUUGAUAACUGCACAGGGGCAGAGGUCGUGACCCCUCAGGUCAUCGAAGCUGAAUCAUGAUGGACGGUUUGGAAAAAAAAGGAUCAAAUCUAAAUUUAUUAUUGGUGUCUUUGGCAUUGUUGCUAUACUUACGAGGUGACUGGUAACCGUGCUUCAAACGAACAAGUAUCAUACCUAUCCCUCACUGGUGCACAGCCAAAGCCAAUCUGUGAUCCACUGGAAAUCCUCUAUUCACUAGUGCACAGUCGCAACUGUGAGAUAUCCUAUGGAUGGAUUUUUUUGUGUAAGUUGCCUGUUUUAGCUUGCAAGCAUGACAGGCUCAAAUGUCUAAUUUACAUGUACUAUACCUCAUACAUAUUCAUGAUCUACAGAGCCGAAUUCUCACAGGUCCAUUCGCCAUCACGUGCAAGCCGCUAGUUUUGCUGUUUACCAAGUGCGCAUGCGAGUAUUCGCGCAUAGGGUAAACACGCAUGCGUAGUGGACUAUCGCGCCGGUUACCCGUGCGAUAGUCCACUACGCAUGCACUUUACGAAGCAACUAUUGCACUGGUGUAGAACGCACGUGUGGACAUCGCCCAAGCUACACAUGAAAAGAUUUUGGCACAAGUAUACGGACAGUGGCUGCAGCCACUACCAUAGACACGCGUAAUUUCAAGCCGAAGCCAAGUAAUUCGGACAUGGCCUUUAUCAGCAUUUUCCCGAGCUCAAUGAUGCCGAACUUGAGAAUAUUGUGGACAAUGAAGAUACCUCCUCUACUAAAAAAAGUUGUUCACAGUGCGGUAGAAACUCUUAGGAGUUACUGUAUUGCAAAAGAACUGAACUUUUCUGAGGUUGAACAAGAUUCUUCUGGUGAGCUGGACAAGUUUCUCCGAAGAUUUUAUGCCGAGGUGCGUACUGUAACGGGAAAAUUUGGCAACUGAAUAUGUACGAGGUAUAGUAAAACAAAUAUAACAUGGUUUAUUUCGGGUGGAUCGCGAUCUUUGCUCCCCUUGGUAUUGGAAAUUGUUGACAACCUAGUUUGUCGACAAACUAGUUUGUUGUUGACAAACUAGUUUGUCGACUAUCCACCCUCAAACCAUGUUAUAUUUGUAUAAUAUAUUUAACAAUUUUUGCUGUUAAAACAAUUGCAUUGAAAAAAAGUUUGUUUAUUAGAUAAUGUCAACAAAGUAUUAUAUCUUGUUAUACUAUCAGUGCAUAUCAAGCCCUCUAUUGGCUGAUAUGUGUACAGUCUCUCCUUUGAGGGGAACAUUUCCUGGUGCCCACCAGUAUUUUGUAUAUAAAUGUAGGAUACCGGUGUAAUUGUAAAGAUGUCAGUGAAAACAAGCUUAACUAUCAUCGUGACAAAUGGAAAGUUUGCCAUUCUAUAAUUUGUAUUGUUUUGUGCGUUACCCUCAUAACAAAUGUGAACAUGUGUAUAAAGAAGUUUAGGUACUAGACUCAAUUUGCAUAUUUGUAGCUGUUGUCUUGAUUACAAAAUAUGAGUAAACAUUGUUUUGUUUAACCCUAACUGGGCCAAAAUUUGUCAAAUCAAAUUUCUAUGUUUUUGUUUUUUUUUCAUUAUUUUGAUGCGUUCAGGACAUCAAAGUCCUGCCACUAUUUAUUUAUACCAAGCUUUAAAUAGUUUAGAUUCUAGCAAAGGCCAAAACCCCAAUUUUUUAAAAAAGAAAACAAAAGAAUGGUAAAAAAAACCACAUACAUGUAUAUGAAUGUAGUUGCUUAUUGUGCUGUAUUGCAAUAUAAGCAUGUCUCCAGGGUUAAAAAUAUCCCCAAAAUUAAAAACAAAAUCGAAUUCUGAAAAUACA